GAAGACGAACGACAACAAUUGGGAGUCGUGCUCUUUUGUACAUUUCUUUUCGUCUUUUCGUCUUUUCAGGACACAUUUCUGCAUCUGAAUCCGUUCCAAUUGAACAAACACCAUGCCCGUCAUUUGUGCGGCGUCAGGGUGCAACAAUAAGUUUGUCAAGGGGUCAGAAAUAAGGUUUUACAGGUUCCCUCUUAGCAAGCCUCAACUUGCCAGCAAAUGGGUGCAGAGCCUGGGGAUGAAAAACUUCAUCCCAACAGCCAACACCUGCCUCUGCUCGGAGCAUUUCAGGACCGACUGCUUCAGGGAUUACAACGGGAAGCAGUUCCUUAGAGAGGAUGCUGUGCCCACCAUAUUCAGCCAACCGCAGGACACUUCAAAGCUUUUACAGAUUGAGCUGCGUAAAAGAGGAGUAAUACCAAAGGAGACAAAUGUGGCAAAUCAAAUGGGGACACAAGCAGACAAAGACAGAGCCAGAGACGCUGCCAUUCGCAGAGAAAAAAGAGGUGGAUUCAGGGGUGGUCGAGGAGGUCGUGGAGGAAAACAAAUGUCUGACAGGGUAACUGCUGCAGCCAAGAGCAGAGUGUACGACGCCAAAGGUCGUCUGCUUUCCAACGGCAAGGACAUGUGCGACUGUCUGGAUGUGGAUUGUAUGGGCUGCUUCUACCCCUGCCCGGAGUGUGGAUCACGCAAGUGCGGGGUUGAGUGCCGCUGCGACAGGAAGUGGCUUUAUGAGCAGGUGGAAGUGGAAGGGGGAGAAAUCAUUCGGAAUAAGUUUGCCAUUUAAAUCUUAGUGACUUUUUGAUUUUCCAGACUGAAAAGGUUAGGAAGGACAUGUUCCAUGAUGUAAAUGUUGUUUAAAGUGUUUUCAUUUCUAUUCGAUCAUGUGUAAAUAAACCCUUUUCUUAACACUUAAUUUUCACACUGUUGAUGGGAAAGUGUCAGGUCCAGACCAUGGAUGUAUUAUAUUAACCUGGAUACCGGAC